AUGGCUUUCUGUAACAAGCUUGGAAACCUCUUGAGGCAGGGUGCUACUCAGAGUAGCCAUGCUCCUGUUUCAUCCAUGCUUAACUAUCUUCGCCACAUGUCUUCAAGCAAGCUUUUCAUUGGAGGUCUUUCUUAUGGAGUUGAUGACCAGUCUCUUAAGGAUGCAUUUGCAAGCUAUGGGGAGGUCAUCGAGGCAAGAGUUAUCACUGAUAGAGACACCGGAAGAUCGAGGGGAUUUGGAUUUGUCAACUUCACUAGUGAUGAGUCUGCAACUUCAGCACUCUCUGCUAUGGAUGGGCAGGAUUUGAAUGGGCGUAACAUUCGUGUGUCCUAUGCAAAUGACAGACCUUCUGCACCACGUGGUGGUGGUGGUGGUUAUGGUGGUGGCUAUGGGGAUGGUUUUUCAAACCGUGGUGGUGGUGGUGGAGGAGGUGGCGGUUGGUGA